CUUCCCAUCCUGCUGUGCUGCUUUUCUUUCGUUGCUUCCCGUCCCAUAGAUUCUCCGGCAUGCCCCUCAGCCUUAUCGUCGGUUCCCUGCAUUGAUUCCGUGUCGACCGGGAUUCUUCCUGACCUGUCCCUCCAUGAGCAGUCUGCCAACCAGUCCACACAGGCAAUCUACCUCGAUUGCCCUGAGCUGAUGACUCGCAAGGCCCAGGUAACCAUUGUGGCCUUGUCGACCCUGAUCAUCUAUGUUUCCCUCAAUAGUCUAGCCCGCACCAUCAGACCUGCCUCCUUCAUCUGGUACGCUGAGGACCGGGAGGAGGCGAGCUGGAUCGCAAGCUCGCGCUCCUGGUUCGACCGCAAGAGCUGUCGCUGGCUCAGUAUCUGCGGCGCAGCGCAUUUCCAAACAGCUCACGUCCCAUUCGGCCAUCGUGAGUCAGUCGAGCGGUCGGAGGUUAACGAUGCCGAGCCCUGGCGGUCUUUCUGGCUCGGCGGGGCUAAUCAAUCAGAGUGGGAUGCCGAGGAGCGGGCUAAGCGGGAGAUCCCCGACUAUGUUUUUGAUUACGCCCCACUUGUUCACCUUUAUUCCGGGGAGCAGUUUUGGCCCGGUGAUAUAGCAGAACAUCUGUACCACACCACGCCCAUGCUCAAUUACACUCCCAUUCAGGCCCAAUGGGAUCAUCCCACUCUGGAGGACUUGGAUCAGCUCAACCAGUGGACGCCCCGUCAUGUCUAUUUGACCAGCAAUGAUAAUGUGCAGUCUCGUCCAGCUUGGCUGGAAGGCGACAAGAAUAUCCCUAAGUCCGCACAAGGCGGGACGGAACAGUCGUGGGCCGAUUGGGAUGGUCGGGUCGAUGGCAAGAUUCCGGGUGACAUGACGGAAGAUCAGGCCAAUUGGUUUGACCUAGGUCAAGUUGAGCGCGACGAGAAUCCCCAAGAGUCGAUGCAGCGCGUAUCAUCAGAAGCACAAAAAUACCUUCAUAACGAGCUACGAAAACGAUAUGGUGGUAAGAUGGUCGAAGAACCUCUCCCUAACGAAGUUGGAGGCCGUAGCGAUGCUCCCGCGAUCUUGGUUGUGUUGGAUAAAGGUCAUGGGGUCGUGGACGCCUUCUGGUUCUUCUUCUACAGUUUCAACUUGGGCAAUUCGGUUGUCAACGUGCGAUUCGGUAACCAUGUCGGUGAUUGGGAGCACUGUCUCGUGCGAUUCCACCAUGGCCAGCCCAAGGCCUUGUUUUUCAGCGCCCACACGGCGGGCGAGGCUUAUAGAUAUGAAGCAGUGGAGAAGAUCGGGCAACGACCCGUCAUCUAUUCCGCCGAGGGAAGCCAUGCAAUGUACGCCACACCAGACGUACACCCAUACAUUCUUCCAUGGGGUCUACUCCACGACGUCACGGACCGAGGUCCACUUUGGGACCCCUUACUCAACUCGCAUGCAUAUACAUAUGACUAUGCCAACGAUACACUACGCGCAUCUACUGCUACCCCCACAUCCCCUACAGAAUGGUUCAACUUCAGAGGCCACUGGGGGGACAAAUUUUACCCACUUGGAGAUACUCGCCAGUACCGAUUCGCCGGACAAUAUCACUAUGUGAACGGCCCGCUUGGACCUCGGUUCAAGCAUCUCAAUCGGCGCAAGGUAUGCCAGGGCCCAGAUAAGGCAACCUGCGUCAUCAAAGAUUGGAUUGGUGAACCGGGCCGAAUUCCACGAUGGGGCUCCUCUGGACCUGGAGAGUAA